AGUUGAUGGAUAAUUGAUAACAUUUGUGCGUGCAUGUUUGUUGAUCAUACGCGGGUAUAUAAACCAGGCUAAGCAUCCAUUCUUAACAAAGCCUGUUUUACCUCCAAGAAAGAUUGAGAGAAAGUUCGAAAAUGAAGAUAGGAAUUUGGAUUUUUGCAUUGUUUGCUGCUGUUUUUGCAGAAGAGAAGCCGGGGUACUGCCCGUCCAUCAUAAGAGCUGUCACGACGGGAGUGUCACAGCAGGAAUGUGUCACGGACUUUCAUUGUAAUGGGACUGAUAAAUGUUGUGGCUCCAUGUGUACCACACCAGAGUGUGACAGUGUUGAAGUAAUGUGCGUUGUGAAUCCUUGCACGUUUUCCACGUGCUCAAACAUUCCGGAAGCUGAGUGCUUCUCAAAUCUAUGCUCCAAUUCUUGCGAACCCCUUUGGCUGACUAACAAGCGUGACGUUACAUUGGAGUGUGACGAAUUAGAUGUCGAUGAAGAUGGUGAAGCUUUUGAGAUAGAUUUCGAUGAUGAUGAUGAGGAGGAGGAGGAGGAGGAUUACGAUGAUGAAGAUUACGAUAAAGAUGAUGACGAUGACGAUUACGAUGAAGAUGAGGAUGAUGACGAUGAUGGACAGGACAAAAAAUUGACAUGGAAAGAAAAAAAGGCAAGGCGAAAGGCCAAGAAGCAGGCUCGUCUUGAGAAAAUGGAUAAUAAACCAAAAAUGAUUGAAGAAAAACGGAAGGUCAAAAUUGAAAAAUGGGAAAGCAAAGGAAAGCAAGAAAAGAUUCAACGUUUCAAGGAGAAAUGGGCCAAAAAAGACGUAGCACGAGGAAACAAAAUGGAAGAGAUGAAGGCGAGAAAAGUGGAAAAGAAACAGAAAAGAAAGGAAGCAAGAAAGGAAUGGAGACAGACGAAGAAACAAAUGACCCCGGAAGAACUUGAAACUUACAAGGCGGAGAAGAAAGCCAGAAAGUUAGAGAAGAAAGAAAUGAAGAAAGAAAUGAGAGAGGAUAAAAAGGAAAACAAGAAUGACAAGAAGACGGCGAAACUGGCAAACAAAUGGAGAGCGAAAAAAGAAAGAAAACAACAGCGUAAAUUGAUGAGACAAACUGAAGUUACCCAGAACUAGACUGAAAUUAUAAACUUUCUAUAUUCCAUUGGUUUUAUUACCAUUUUGUUUAUUCAUUCUAUUUUUGUUCACUUGGGUAUGUCCAAAUUCCAGUGUACUAUGACGUCAUACUCAAACUAACUUUCCGUCUGUCUUUAUUAUUGUGCUUGCUUUAUUUCUUACAUUCGUUUUUAAGUUAAGAUGUACAAAUAAGGGAGUUUUCUGUUUCGAUAAAGAUAUCCUAGUAUAUUACAGUUACUACAUGUAAUUAACAUAUUGAAAUGCGCUUUUGGUAACAAAACAGAUGUUAUGAACAAUUUGAAAUUAUUAUAAUGUGACAUAGUUGCCCAUUUUUUACUUCGUCAUAAUCAUUUUCACUGUCACGAUACCGUUGAUCGGUUUUCAUACUUCAUUUAUUCGUAAUUUUAAUUAAUUUUCUUCGUAUUUUACGUUAUGAACAUAUUAAAAUGAUAAUAAG